AUGAGGAACCAGAUAGACCUGCUGGCCACUGUCACGGUUCUGGGAGUCCUGGAGCAAGCCUAUUUUGCACUGCAGGUGAUCUAUGCCCGACGGAAGUACAAGAUCUCCCCUCCCGAGACAACAGGUCACCCUGAAUUUGAGCGGAUCUUCAGAGCUCAGGCAAAUUGCUCAGAGUACUUCCCGAUCUUCGUCUCGCUCCUCUGGGUUGCUGGAAUCUUCUUCCAUCAAGGUGUGGCUGCGGCGUGUGGGCUGCUGUACCUCUACACCCGCUUCAAGUAUUUCCAGGGAUACACCGUGGCUGCGCAGGGACGGUUAGUACCUGGGGGGCUGUGGGCACCCCAAACCAACCCAGGGAGGCUGG